AUGGGUCCUAAUCCUAAAAAGGGCAAAGACUCCAGCAAAGAAGCCAAUACUAAGAACUUAUGGCGUACUAUUAUCGAAAAUGGUGUCCUUGAUGACAAGAAAUGGAGUGUGAAGGUAAUCAUGUUUGAAUCCGCAGGUGGCGAACAAGACUGCUCAUACCUCACGAAGUUUGAAACCUUCGCGAUUGGAGAGAAACGUUUUGUAAUCAAAAAUAUUUGUAGGACUGAAACUAUGUUCAUGAUUAACCAGCUUGGUGUCGAGAAGAAAACAAAAGACGAUAAUCUGAGAAUAUUUGAAGAAGCGCAAUAUUACUUGAAAGAAAAAAUAGAUAUACCAUCGGACAUUCUUGCUUUAACUAUAAAAUAUUUGAUAUUAAAAAUGAAAGAUGAAUACCUCUUCAUUAAACGAAAUAGACUUGAAGUUCAGGAGGGAUUGCGAAAAGAAUCGGCUACUAUGAUAGAUAAAGAAGAAAUAAGAGGCGCAGUUACUGAAGUGAAACCACCUGAUGCUGUUCCUCCUAUUCCAGUCAAAGGUAAAAAAGGAAAGGGCGCCGGAGAUAAAGAAGAUAUACCAGAGCCGACCGAAGGCAAGAAAUACAACACGGUAUUGAGAGAAAGAGGCGAGGAGUGGAGGGAUAAAGUUUAUAUUGACGAUUUUCCUAUUGACGGACCAGAUUUGUAUGUUGCGGUUACAGGAUUCCAGGAUUCAUAUCUUCCUGGAGCUUUGAUUAAAAUUGGAGUACCCUUAACGGCUGUAGUUCAGAUCCGAAUUAAUCCUACUGUUGCUCAAGUACCUACGUCGUUGACCCGGAUUUCUAAAAGAGGGCAAAGUAUGAAUAACCUACUAGCAGAAAAGUCCCUGCAGUUUUGGGAGGAUUUGCAAAAACUUCGCAUUCAUCAAGAUACAACAGAUGAUUUCAAAAAUACAGCGUUUAUUAUAUUUUCUCCACCUUACGACAAAAACCAAGCUUUGACUGGAGAUGCUGAUCAAAUAUACGAUGAGUUAUGUUUUCUUAUGUACGAUGUGCAGGAUUUGGUCAGACAACGUAGAAAUUUUUUGGAUAACAUCGAUAUUAUUUGUAUACCAGAGGACGAAAUUGAUGAGCGUUAUGUUUCACAAUAUCACUCGAAAAUAGACGACUUACCACUGGAAUGCGUUACUCUUUAUUCUCUCUUGGAUAGCAUGUUGCAUGUUGUAAGUAAAAGUAGAAUUGACGAUAAUAGUAGCAGAUCGUCACUUUCCACAGCAAGAACAUUAAAUGAAGGUAUUACUACACGCAAGAUUGAUAAAAUAGAAACAGCUGAAAUGUUUAUUAAAAACGUUUUUGACACAUUAUGUAAGACAGAAUCUACUAAAAAAACCUACCGUAUUACCUACGGUGAGGAAUAUGAAACUCAUAAAGAUCCGAUCGUAAUUAAAUACGGAGAUAUUGCAAAAUACUCUACAUUUCAUUUGGGAAACAUAGAUUUAGAGAAUAUAGUUGGAUCAACUUUGUAUGGUAUGCCUUUAAAUCGGCUUUGGUUAAAUUUGGAAAGACCCGAAGGUGAGUUUGAAGCAAAAAUUAAUUUUCAUGUUAAUGUUCUCUUGUCUUGUUUUGAAAGAGGCGACGUGGAGACAGCGGAACUUGAAAGACUUAUAAGUGUAUUAGCUUUCCGAAAGCUCUUUAACAACAGGAGCUCUCUAAAAAAGCAGCAUUUACAGUCAAAUACAAUAACAGAUUUUAAGAAAAUAUAUUUAAAACGCAGUAUUUUAGCUGAACCCUUACCAAAAUGCCCUUCUCUGCAACAAUUUAACAAUUUUGCACAAUCUUGUCCCUCAUUGACAAAAAGUGACAGCGAUUUAAUUGUAUCUGAAAACAAAGACGAAGACCCAGAACUGGCUAAAAUAAAGUUUCUAUUCGAUUGUCCGGACAUAAGCGAGCUAGUAUCAGCUGCUGAAAUCUCCAACAAUCAAGCUGAAAGUCACAUGAUUGACGAUUAUGAUUUUUUUGAGGAUUUUUCGGGAGUUACGGCAUUUCAAGUUAUACACAAUGCAUUUAGCAAGUAUAAUUGCGUUGAUUACAAAUACUGCGAAGUAACUGAUUGUUUACUAUUUAUGUUUUAUAAUAGUCAAGAUAAAGAUCACAUAUCACGUGAAGAAUGGCGAUGCCACCUACAGACACCUUUAUGUUUGGAAGAUUUUUUUGAUUUCGCUUUGGAUGAGCACUAUGAUUGGAUCAAAGAUCAAGAAAGAAUUUACGAGGAAAAUAUCUUAUAUACAAAACAAUCGGAAAGUCACAAUGUUGUUGACGAAUUUGCGGCAGCGUCUUGUGUUGCUGAUAGUGACGUUGGCAAAGAUUUAUUGAUGGAUGGUUCUUUAAAAUAUCAUGAUAUCCAGGAUCAAGGAGAUGAAUUUACAGACUCUGUAACGGAAAAAACUUCAGGCAGAGUUACUUCCGCGUUGUCAACGAUAGAGAAAAGUAGCAAAAAGACUCCACGUACGAUUAAAAAGAAACAGUCUAUCUCUUCUGAGUAUUUAGAUUUCGCGAAUGAAUUGCACAAACCCUUUACGGGUUAUAAUUUAGGCGACCGAAGAGUGGAAGUACUUGGAAAAUAUACUACUUUCUUUUCUAAGGAUGGUACUCGUGUCUCGAGUAAUUAUUCUUUAUUAAUACCCAAUAACCUUGAAUACAUUAUUUUAAAUGUAGUGCCUGGAGAAAGUGAUAAUGAGUUUUGGAUACAUCGUGCCUUAGGAGAAUUCACACCAACUCAUAUUCGUGAAAACUGCAAUUCAUUUAGAGUGACAACUAAGGAUCAAGUCAUGAUCAAUAUUAAAAGACAGACUUAUCAAAUACCGCUACCAAUAGAUGAAGAAUCGAAUGUGGAUUUCAUAGGAAAAUCUUCCAAAUUGACAACAAAUGGCGACGGAGACGAACCUGUCUUAUUCGAAACAUUAUAUUUUCAUUCUUUUUAUGUAACGUGGCCGAACGGACAUAUAACAGAGAGUAUGCACGAAAAUAAUACACCUGAUAUAGUAUACAUUAAACAGUAUUACUUAUCACCACUGCCGCAUUUAGAUGAAGAAAUGCGUUGUAUCAGUUUAAACGGUGAAGUUGUCAUAUUCAAGCCUUGUGGUGAUAUCGAGGUGUUGCGACCAGAUGGUUCCUGUAUUCUUAUAACUAAAUACGAAAAGAAAAAAGUAAUUUCGGAGGAGGAAUUGUUUGCUAGUGAAGUUACCUCUGAUAAAGGUAAAAAAACUAAAGGUAAAGAAAAAAGUAAAGACAAAUUAAAAAAAUCGUCUUCUAAAUUAUUAAAGGGUUCUAAAAUCCUAGAUUCAAAACCGAUUGAAUAUGAAUUAUUUAUUCAAGAAUUCGAAAUUACUGAUACAAGCGGUUUAAAACAAAAAUGGGUAGAAGAUGAAUCUUAUGACAUAGAGAAACAAUUGAUUAGAACUGCCACCGAUUAUAAUUUAGGGGAAGUAUUUUCCAGGCGCAUGGAUGGAACUAAUACUUUGCUAAAUAAAGAUGGUAUACACGUUGUAACUUUCCCAAAUAGUACUAGAAUCAUAACUUAUUUUAUGAUUCGGGCAGAAGAAAUUUUCCCAGAGUGGACAGAUGAGGAAAAAGAAUACUUUCAUAUGUUAGAGUCUUAUGUAGACGAUUAUAGGGUAAAAGCUAAAGAAUCUACGUCCCAGAAAAGUAUAUUUACCGAAAGUGUUAUGAGCUCUGGAUCCAAAAAACCGGAAGAAGAGGAAAUAGAGAUAGCGGAAUCAGAAGGUUACUUGUGUGUAGAUCUCAUUUAUACAAUAGAACAUGCUAAUUUUACCACAGUGACAGUAGAUAAAAGUAACAGGAGAAUUUGCAUCGAUUCUCCAAACAAAACAAGUUUAAAUGUAGAUCUGGAUAAUAAUUACGAACUAACUCUCGAUGAAGCUACGACUGCAACAUUUAAUGGGAAAAUAUUACAUAUUAAUUACGAAGCGUGUCCCAAAUGCAAGUCUUAUACAAAGUGUGACGUAGUAUUUCAUCAAGAUUCCGAAACUCCCGAUCAAAAGAUUAACGCUAAAAAUCAACCCGUUAAUACCGAUCAAGUGAAUACCAAAGAUACAUCAAAAUGGUUAAUUAUGAAAGAUUCAUUUUCCAAAAAGGUCUGUGUAGACUUCGAUGGUAAUAUAAAUUUGUUAGAAGAGCCUAUACCAGAGGAAAUGCAGGCUAAUGCGGAUGAAACUAUAAUUAACAAUGAAGAUUCGAAUCAUAGAAAUGAAUCGGGCGAAGCAUCUGAAGAUCAAAUCAAAACAGACGCAAAGUCUGAAUCUUCUGUUUUAUCUCACGAACAGUGCAAGUCAUAUCAAGCUCAAGAAAAUGUUAGAUUUUUCGUAAUGAGACGUGAUCUGAGGGUCAGCGAGCUAUUGCAUAGGGCCCUGGUGGAGCAAUAUAAGCGUUCGUGCCAAUGGCAACCAUGGUGCAAUCUGGCGCAAUACGACACUUUUGGCGAUCGACGUAUGCUUCAUUCGGUGCUGAAACCUAUAAAUCGUACGGAAUCUGAGAAAUGGCUAAUGGACUCAAAGUUAUCGGGCAAACCGAAGUACUUGACAUACAAAGAUUUAAAGAAGGACCCUGGUAAAGGUUUUUAUCACUGGAUGAGGCCGUUUGAACGGUUUGAGGCCCAACCUGCGAAACCCGAAAACGUACUACCUCUGAGACUUCCCAGAGCAUUCAUAUUCAGGGCGCUAGAACAGCAGUGGGGAGAAAAAUUGCGCGAGGAGAUGAAAGGUGCGCGGGAACUGGUGAAUGCAAUUCUUAAGUACCGAAAUGUGAUGGAUUCUGACAUAGAGACGUUACUGCACAUCCCUGUGAUUGAUACUCGUGAUGAAGACGAGCGCCGUACCGACCGAACUAUACAAUCCAUUGGACACAGGCUGUAUAAUAAUUUGAGGGCGCAGCUGGAUGAAGCGGUGCAGAAAAAUGCUAAAGCCGACAUAACCACCAAACCUUCACCCCCCUCAGAAGAGUCCAUUUUUGAUGGAGAAAUCUUGGGAGAAGGAGAAUAUGAAAAUCCAGAAAAACUAUUAAAGGAAGACCGCACGAGCAUUCUACAGGAAUUAGACGAGGCGGAAAAGAUGAGCCCCGAACUGAAACGCUACUGGAGGCAACGCGCCGAAGAAAAGAAAGAGGAGAACUUUUAUUGGAGUAUGCUGCGCGAAGGCACCGUACCGCUCUAUUUCCGCAAUAUGCUAGGCGGUGCCAUUUGGUGGGAAGUCAACGCGUUGGCCGACGAGUCCAUUACCAAAGCGCACCGCCGAAAAAUGAAGUGCGUCUGUGCUGAAGAGGGCACGACAAGAACCGGCGAAACUGAUGUCGCCUAAGGUGGAACAGGGCUUGCUGAUAGUUACACAAAUACAGUAGGGUAAAACCAGGGUAGGAUGGCCAUAGUCUUUUCUAAACGCUGUCAAAAUAAAAUUUUAGAUACGUCAUUGCAAAUUUUUUUUUUGGUAUUAAACUUUGAACAAUUAACUAUUAAUUAUUUAAUAGAAAAAAAGAACAAAUUGUCUUCAGACCAACCUCAAAACUAGUUUAAAAAAAUAUUACGUUGGGCCAUCUCUUCCGAGGUGUCCGGGUGUGAUGACCAUAGGACUGGGUAAGAUGGCCAGUAAAUAUUUCUAGACUUAGAUAGGUCUUUUGUUUGGUGUUUUGUUUUUUUAAGUCUUCUUUAAUCUUCAUGUCGUCAAAUCCUCAGUUUUCGUGAGUGUGGUCUGGCUCCAAAGCGUGUGCCCAAAAGUGGCACACGACGACGCAUUGAAGCCUGUCUUCGAUAAGGCAGAUUUCAUAGCAGCAACAGCUUUAAUAACCAUCGAGUUCUUUGUUAAAUUUUUACAAUUGUUACACUUAUUAAAUGAAACUAUUUCUUACUUAUUUAAAAAUAUUUGUUUUUCAUACAAACUAAAGUUU